AAUCCAUAGCUUAAUUGGAAUAAAUAUAUUAACCGAGAGUCCCACCCUCCCUUGCCUUCCCUCUCCUUUUAAUCUCUUCGUUUCGGAUCAGUCACCCAACCAACCAACCAUCCAUCAUCGCAUUCAUUCACACCCCCAACCAAUCCUCCAUUCUCGGUUUUAUCGAAGCCAGGGAAAGCUCACUCUCGAAAGCAACCCAAUUUCCCCCCCAGAGAGAAACCCAGAAAGGCGCAGGCAUGGCGAAGAAAGAAGUCGCUUUCAUCGGGGCAAUUGAUCAAGGCACAACCAGCACCCGAUUCAUCAUCUACGAUCAGGACACCAAAUGCAUCGGAUCUCACCAGGUCGAGUUCACUCAGUUCUACCCUGAAGCCGGAUGGGUGGAGCACAAUCCACUGGAGAUUCUGGAGAGCGUCAAAAUCUGUAUGGCCAAAGCCAUGGACAAGGCUACCGCCGAUGGCCAUAACGUCGAUGGCUUAUUGAAAGCUGUUGGGUUGACCAAUCAGAGAGAGACCACUCUCAUUUGGAGCAAGUCCACUGGCCUUCCUCUCUACAACGCCAUUGUUUGGAUGGACGUACGCACCAGUGCUAUUUGCAGGAAAUUGGAGAAAGAAUUCUCUGGAGGAAGGACCCACUUCGUGGAUACAUGUGGGCUGCCAAUCAGCACAUACUUCAGUGCGCUCAAGAUACUCUGGCUGUUGGAAAACGUUGAUGCAGUUAAGCAAGCUGUUAAAACUGGGGACGCCCUUUUUGGAACAAUUGACACUUGGUUGAUCUGGAAUUUAACCGGUGGAAUCAAUGGUGGAUUGCACGUCACUGAUGUCUCCAACGCCUCCCGCACCAUGCUGAUGAACAUCAAGACUCUUGAUUGGGAUAAGGCCACAUUGGAAGCUCUGAAAAUCUCACCUGGGAUCCUUCCCAAGAUCGUUAGCAACUCUGAGGUCAUUGGCAAGAUUGAAAAAGGCUGGCCGAUUACUGGCAUACCGAUUGCCGGUUGCCUGGGAGACCAACAUGCUGCCAUGGUUGGACAAGCUUGUCGAAAGGGUGAGGCCAAGAGCACCUAUGGAACUGGUGCCUUCAUACUACUCAACACCGGAGAGGAAAUUGUUAAGUCGAAGCAUGGGCUCCUUACCACUUUGGCAUACAAGCUUGGUCCAAAUGCGCCAACGAACUAUGCUCUCGAAGGUUCCAUUGCUAUUGCAGGAGCUGCAGUACAGUGGCUCAGGGAUAGUCUUGGUAUAAUUAAGAGUGCCAAAGAGAUUGAGGAGUUGGCGCUGAAGGUGGAGUCAGCUGGGGGUGUUUACUUUGUCCCGGCUUUCAAUGGGCUGUUUGCUCCGUGGUGGAGAGAUGAUGCUCGUGGUGUUUGUAUUGGGAUCACGAGGUUCACAAACAGGUCUCACAUUGCCCGAGCUGUGUUGGAAAGCAUGUGUUUUCAGGUGAAGGACGUGCUGGAUUCGAUGCACAAAGAUGCAUCUCAAAAAGAUGGAAAACAGAAGGGAGGAGAGUUUUUGCUUAGGGUGGACGGUGGUGCUACUGUUAACAACCUUCUUAUGCAGAUUCAGGUUUGAGCUUCUGGGGCCCUUUUUCGCUUGCUAUGUUUUGAAUUUGAAGUACCUCGUGCAUCUGAUGUCCUCAAUAAACACUUAUCGCUUGUCUAAUUUUUGCAGACAAAUAGAAAUUAUAAUAAACUCGUUAGGAAGGAGUGUUUUAUGUUGUUUUCACUAGGGGUAGAGUUGACAAUCAAGUUGGAUUCAACAAGGAAUUAGUGCAUUUUAGGACUCAUUUGCUCUGUCUAGGUUGGUCUAUCAGGGAUGAAUUGCUCUGCAGAAUAGCAGCCACUUUUCCCCCCGGAGAAUCAUGGAGUCACUUAUCAACCAAUUGGUGCCGUGCAUGUAAAUUUAGAUCUUCUCAGGACACGUGGAUCACAACUUGUUUUCCACAUUUUGGGGACAUAGAUAUUGUUGUAUAGUCUGUCCUGAUAAAUUUGAUUAUCUUUUUCAUGCACUUUAACUUCUAGACCACUUAUCUGAGGUGGAAAAGGUAACCAUGUUCUACUGGUUUCAGUCUACUGAAAAUAGGGAAGAGCCAGUACAGUGCCAACUCUCUGUAGGUUGUUUUAGUUUUAGAAACAAAUCCUAUUUUCUGGGCCUUUCAACCAUUCUUGUUAUCUCAUAUAAAGAGAACUAGUUUGUUCAAAUUUCCUGUGUACUUAAUUACUUGAUUGAAAUAGGGGUAUUUGGUAUAGAACUUAUGGUAGUACCAAGCAUUAAAAAAAUCUCUAUGUACUCUGUCAGUUCUCAAUUCAUGGAGAUGAAUGAAUCUCGAAAGAAGAAGGCAGACUUGCUUGGGAGCCCUGUGGUGAGGCCAGCAGACAUAGAAACAACAGCGCUGGGAGCAGCCUAUGCAGCGGGUUUGGCCAUAGGAGUAUGGAAAGAAGGCGAGAUCUUCGCCUCUGGAGGGACGAGCAAGACGGACACAACUUUCCGCCCAAACCUGGAGGAGAGCUUGAGGAAGAAGAAGUUGGAGUCUUGGGGGAAAGCUGUUGAGAGAACGUUUGACUUGGCUGAUCUCUCCAUAUGAGAAACUGCAGGGAAGAAACAAAGAAAAGAUACACGUGUUUUACAUUGUUAUAGUUACAACUUUGUCUUGCCUUCUGCCCACUCGAAUAAAUCAGUUGGCAAGCUUUAGACGUUGGUGAUAGUUGACUUUGGUUGUAGAGGUUUAGUAGAUACUUUGAAUGGAAUUAUUGAAAGAAGGGGGUUUAUCGUCUCUUUGAAGUGCUCCAUUCGUCUCUUUUUUUGUAAGUAGGUCGU